UCCAAUAUAAAUCAAUCCAGAAGGGAAAAAAAAAACAAAUAUACACCAAAAGAAAAAAAAAUGGAUUUUCAGACAAUUCAACCGACACCAUGGGAAUAUGUUCUAUCUUCUCGAUCUCUUAAUGGCUACCAGAUUUCUCAAGAGAAUCAUAUUCGUUGGUCUCAGUCUCCAGAGUCUCACAUUUUCUCUGUUGAUCUUCCUGGUUUAAUGAAAGAAGAAAUAAAAGUGGAGAUCGAAGAUUCGAUAUACUUAAUCAUACGAACAGAAGCAACGGAGACAUCGCCGGAUCCACCGGUCAGGAGUUUUAAGAGAAAAUUCCGGUUACCGGAAUCGAUAGAUAUAACCGGGAUAUCAGCCGGUUAUGAAGACGGUAUAUUAACUGUGACUGUACCAAAGAGGGUUUUGAGAAGGAGAAGUUUCUUCAUUGAUCCUUCUGAUGUCCCUGAAAGCCUUCAAGUUCUUGCAAGAGCUGCUUAAAUGGCGCUUUUGUUCUUCCUGUUUUAGUCAACACGAGUUUGAUCUUUGCUUUAAAAGUCUGUUUUUUCCUUAGUGUAGUAUAAAUAACAAUCCAAAUUCGAAAA